UAUUUCCUUCUUUUCCAUAAAACCUUCGUAAGGUUAAGUUGCAUUUUCAUUGCGCUCCGCAGGAAAUUUUUUAUAAAUACUUGAAAAAUGAGUGAAACUCUGCAAUUGCGCGGUACCCUUGUUGGCCACACCGGCUGGGUAACACAAAUCGCCACCAACCCAAAGGAUCCCGACACCAUCAUCUCGGCUUCUCGUGAUAAGACCCUUAUCGUUUGGAAAUUGACCCGCGAUGAGGACACCAACUACGGUUUUCCACAAAAGCGUUUGUACGGACAUUCGCACUUCAUUAGCGAUGUUGUUCUCUCAUCCGAUGGUAACUACGCUCUGUCUGGCUCAUGGGACAAGACUUUGCGCUUGUGGGAUUUGGCUGCUGGCAAGACCACCCGUCGUUUCGAAGAUCACACCAAGGAUGUGCUCUCGGUAGCUUUCUCCGCUGACAAUCGUCAGAUUGUCUCCGGCUCUCGGGACAAGACCAUCAAGUUGUGGAACACUUUGGCCGAGUGCAAGUUCACAAUCCAGGAAGAUGGUCACAGCGAUUGGGUAUCUUGCGUACGUUUCUCGCCAAACCACUCCAACCCAAUCAUCGUGUCUUGCGGUUGGGAUCGCACCGUCAAGGUCUGGAACUUAGCUAACUGCAAGUUGAAGAACAACCAUCACGGCCACAAUGGCUACUUGAACACCGUGACUGUCUCACCCGACGGUUCGCUCUGCACCUCCGGUGGCAAGGACUCCAAGGCCUUGUUGUGGGAUCUUAAUGACGGCAAGAACUUGUACACUUUGGAACACAAUGACAUCAUCAAUGCAUUGUGCUUCUCACCCAACCGUUACUGGUUGUGCGUCGCCUACGGUCCAUCCAUCAAGAUCUGGGAUUUAGCAUGCAAGAAGACCGUUGAGGAACUGCGCCCCGAAGUUGUGUCGACCAGCUCAAAGGCCGAUCCACCACAAUGUUUGUCGUUGGCUUGGUCCACUGACGGCCAGACUUUGUUCGCUGGCUACUCUGACAAGACCAUUCGCGUAUGGCAAGUAUCCGUUUCUGCUCACUAAGCUUAUGUAGCAGUUAAGGACGCUUAAUUACAGUGGCAUUAUUUUUUUUUAAUUACAAAUUUCGUACGUAUUAAAAGUAGUGUUGCCCACUGUUUGGGCAUUCAAAUUAGAAA